CACCUGUGUCGCUUCCGUGGACACGGCGGCAACCUAUGCUUUGCGCUCCCAGCGGCCUCGAUCGCAGUGGCCUGACUCUGCCAAGGCGGUUAGAGGUCAUCUGCAAAGUGUCUCCCCUGGAACCGCUCUGCGCCCGAAGGCCCCCUCGGUCCUCCUGCGGCGCCCUCCUCUGGCCGUGGUCCAGGUGCACAGGACGCGCCAGGGGAGGACGCAGGUGCCCCGGGGAGGGGGGCGCUGGAGGCGCCGGGUGAGGAACCCAAAGCUCGAACCUGCAGACCCAGCGCGAAGUAGAAACUGAAAGUACACUGCGGCGAAUCCUACGGAAGUUCUAGGAAAGGCAGAGCCCAGAGCAGCCGUGGCGUGUGCCGCGCCCCCUGGGAUGGAUGAAGCAGCGGGCGCGGCGUGGGACAGAGGAACCAGCCGCAGAGACGGCCACCCGGUCCGACUCCCGGCACCGCCGCGCACCCCGGGGUCCUGGCAGUGACCAUGGCCUGCGAGAGCCCGCUCGAGCUGCAGCUGCGGUCAUCAUGACCACGCCGCCUCCCGCAGACCAUGUUCCAUGUUUCUUUCAGGUAUAUCUUUGGAAUUCCUCCCCUGAUCCUCGUUCUGUUGCCAGUCGCGUCAUCUGAUUGUGAGAUCGAAGGUAAAAGUGGCGAAGAGUACCAGCAUGUCAUCAUGGUGAGCCUCAACGACCUGGACAGGAUAAGAGAAAAUGAUAGCAAUUGCCUGAAUAAUGAACCUAACUUUUUUAAAAAGCAUUCAUGUGAUGAUGAUAAGGAAGCUACGUUUUUAAAAACUGCUGCUCGCAAGUUGAAGCAAUUUCUUAAAAUGAAUAUCCAUGAGGAAUUCAAGCUCCACUUACAAAUAGUUUCACAGGGCACAUUAAAACUGUUGAACUGCACCAGGAAGGAUAAAGAAAAAAAACAACCUUCCCUGGGUGAGGUCCAACCCACUAAGAAUUUGGAAGAGAAGAAAUCUUCAAAGGGACAGAAAAAACAGGAUGAAAUGUGUUUCCUGAUGAUACUACUAGAAAAGAUAAAAACUUGCUGGAAUAAAAUUUUGAGUGGCACUAAAGAACAUUGAAACGUAUGGCGUGACAAUAUAAAGACGUGAACUUUAGUUGCAUCCUUCAAGAAUUGAUCUGCUCAUGCAAUUUUCCGGGGUAGAAUGCCUCCCAGAAAUUACUGGAUGCACCUGGUAAAAAUGGGUUAGAGCAAUUGAGAAAUACAUGCUGUGGUACUAGAAGGACACAAACCAUGGGAACUGAACGCUGCAAUCAAUGUGU